CCGCCCACUAUGCAAAUCGGCGCCUCCUGGUUGGGGUGGCUGGGGCCGCGCAGGGCUGGAUAUAAGGCGGCUUGGGAACAAUACGUCCGGCUCCCGGCUCCCGGCUUUGAUCCCCGGAGCUCCGUUGGUGUGGGAGUGAGUGAGUGAGUGUGUGUUUGUGUGUGUCCGCGCGUGCACGCCAGUGAGUGAGUGUGUGCAUGUGUGUGUGUGUGCAUGUGUGUGUGCGCGCGGGGGGUGCAUGUGUGCAGGCGGCCCGGAGCACGCGGGGGAGCCGGCUCCCUCCAGGUGUGGGGCCGUCGGAGCCAGGGAGCGGAGAUGGACUUCGACUCGUACCAACAUUAUUUCUACGACUGUGACUACGAGGAAGAUUUCUACCGCUCCACGGCGCCCAGCGAGGACAUCUGGAAGAAAUUCGAGCUGGUUCCGUCGCCCCCCAUGUCGCCCCCGUGGGGUUCGGGCUCUAGCCCGGGUGCCUGUUGCUCGUCGGCCGCGAAUGGGCCGCCCGAACCGUGGCCUGGGGGCUGCGGGGUGGACGAGGCUGAGGGCCGGGGCUACUCCAAGGCGCUGGCCAGGAACUACGCCUCCAUCAUCCGCAGUGACUGCAUGUGGAGCGGCUUCUCCGCCCGGGAGCGGCUGGAGAAAGUGAUGAACGACAAACUCUCGGCGGCCGCCGUGGUAGCCGCAACACCCAAGGGGAAUCCGGCCAAGCCAACGGCCUCGGCAGACCCGGGCUGCGGCCACCCGGGGCCCGAGGGCGUGGAUCCCACGGCCGUGUUCCCCUGCGCCCCGGGCGAGCCCAAGCCUCAAGCUUUCUCGGGCUCGGAGAGCCAAAGCGAUUCCGAGGGUGAAGAGAUUGAUGUGGUGACGGUGGAGAGGAGGCAAUCCCUCAGUGUCCGGAAGCCAGUCACCAUCACAGUUCGAGCUGACCCCCUGGACCCCUGCAUGAAACAUUUCCACAUCUCAAUCCACCAACAGCAGCACAACUAUGCUGCCCGAUUCCCCCCAGACAGCUGUCCUCAGGAGGGGACUCCAGAGAAAGAGGCCAAAGAGGAGGAGGGGGAGGAAGAAGAAGAAGAGGAGGAGGAGGAAGAACAAGAAGAAGUAGAGGAGCUCGUGGGUCCCCCAGGGCCUACCAGCCCCCCAUCCUCAGAAAUGGGGCCCAGCCAGGCCAGACCAGCCUCUUCUGACACCGAGGACGUGACCAAGAGGAAAAACCACAACUUCUUGGAACGGAAGAGGCGGAAUGACCUCCGCUCUCGUUUCCUGGCACUACGGGACCAGGUGCCUGCACUGGGCAGCUGCACCAAGACUCCUAAGGUGGUCAUCCUCAGCAAGGCCCUGGAGUAUCUGCAGACAUUGGUGAGUGCUGAGAAGACUAUGGCCUUGGAGAAGAGGCACCUCAGGGCACGGCAGCAGCAGCUACAGAAGAGACUUGCUCAGCUCACGGGCCACUAACCUACCAAAAAGACAGAGAUGGGGCUCUCAUUGUGGAAAACAGACUUCUACUUUUCCCCCCUUUCCCCUUGGUAAUUUGCACAUUUUGGGUCCCAUGGGACUAACUGGACUAUCGAUCCCAGAAUGCACUGCGGCCAAAUGCACGCACUCACGCUCACACAGACACACACACACACAUAUGAAUGGCUUGCAUUCUUGGAACCUGCAAAAGACUGUCUUGGCAUGUUGCAUCCCCCCAUUGUUUCCCAGCUCCUCUGCCUCAUUUAGGGGGACAGUCUCUGUGUCCAGCAAAGCAGCUGCCUGAGGGAGGGGCUUUGGGGUGCAGCUCUGGGAGAAAGGCAAGGCACGACAGAUGCUGAGCGACAGGUGGUGUCCUCCAGUGGUAUUGCCCUCCCUAAAAUCACACACUCCCGGAGCUCCGGGGUUGGUCAUGCUGAGGGAUGCUCCUGCUGCGCCUGUCCCUGUGGGGUUAGCUGAGGACAGCUGGGCCUUGAGGCUGCGACUCAAGAUACUUUUUCCAGUGGAUACAUGAGCUGUUUUCACUGGAGAGGAACCUGGAGACUUACUCACUACGGAGACCCUUACCUCUCUGCUAAACACUUUACAGUAGCAGAAGGGUUGGCAACCUUUUGUUGAUGCAACAAACUUGCAAACAGAGUCAGUAUAUCGGAACUGGAGGCCGGCCUGCUGCAGAAAGAGACGGGGUUAACUUAGCCACCAGAACUAUGCCUCUUGUUUUCUUUUACCAGAGGCUUCUGGUGGGUGGGUUUGAGAUCCGAGGUGGGAUCCUCUUGAUAGCCUAGUGACCAAGGCCCUUUUCAAAUCCCAUUUAAGUUGGUCUUAGCAGCAGUGGUUUGAGUAGGACCUAGUUCCAGGAAUAGGGCACCCUACCCCCAACCAUUGGCAUUUAUGGCCUGAGUAGAAGCAGGGGAUGAGGAGUUGGGGUCUGGUACCUGGGGGUGGGGAAAGUUGGAGUUAGAAAAUUAUUCUGCCUUCUUUCUUCCUUCUAUUGAAGCCCUAGAGUAGGGGUAAGUUCUGAAGAGCUUUCCCAGUCUUGCAUGCCUCUUUCCCACAGCAUCAAUGGCUCCUAUAGUUGCCCUUUUUCUUCUGCCUGGCAUGACUCAAACCCUCCCUUAGAGUCUCCUUUGAGAACUCAGGGGCUCAGCUGGUUGGCCAGGAAUCUGGCUCUCAUUCCAGAGUGGACCUGCUGAAAUAACCCAGAGCCCUAGAUGUGGAAGAUGAGGCCAGUGGCAGGUCCCCAGGGUACAAUCCCAGACCAAGACAAAAUGCUGGUGGUUUAUGGCAUGAGGUCAUGCCCUGUCUGGGUAGACUCCAUCCAAUUCUGGUACAACACUAAUCCUUGGGAUUCGUUUGAAUUUAAACUCAUGUCAGGCUAUGAUGUUAUAGGAUUCUAGAGCUGGAAGGGUCCUUUAGUACAAUCUUUUCAUUUUACAGGUGAGGAAAGUGAGGCCCGGGGAGGCUGUGACUUGAUGAAAGUCAAAGAGAGCAUAAGAGACAAAACCAGGAAAUCAGACCCAGGACCUCUGAUUCCCCAGUCCCAUGCACGACCGACUGUCCUGUGCUGGUGACUACCUAUUGAGGAUGUCAUAGAAAGCAUCCAUCUGUUGGGCAGAGGGUUGAACUAGGUGACCUCUAAGGGCCCUCCCAACUCAAAGAUCCUAUGAUUCCAACUUCAGGAUCCCACCUGACUGGGUAGUGGGAGGGAUAAAUAUAUCAGCCUCCUAUAGCCCCUUGACACUCCCAGUGCCUUUAUUAGGCCAUAGGUUUUAGAUUGCCCCCUACCCUCACCCCAAGAACACACACAGUGUGGUUCUGACUGGCACCUGACUCUGGGUGUGAGGAGAGACGGGAAGCUUUGAUAGCUGCUUCCAAAGUCCUUUCAAGCAGAUGGUGACCCUGGACCCCAGAGACCACCAGGGCUAAAGGGUUGAAGCCCUUCUGAUAUCCAGUGGGCGUAUCCUAAGAAUGAGAGGCCCAUCCUGAUUGACAUGACUUCCAUGGGUCAGUGUGUGGCCUGUGGAACCAAGGUUGCUGACUUCUUUGUUGUCUGUGGGAAGGUUUAGGAUGGGUCAGGAUUGGUUGGGUUGCUCGGGUUUGGGUUUAUACCAGAAGCUGCUCUUGGGUGUUGGGUUGGGGAGACUGGUUUCUAUACUGUAUUUUUGUAUGACUUUUGCAAAGUAUUGUUAAUUGUUUUUGUACGAGAAAGACUUCCCAGCUCAUGUCCCUGUUACAAGGGUUUGAUUUAUUUCCAAAGGCAAAUACGCCUGAAUUUUUGUAUUGCGAUUCCUUAGUUGUGAUUAACUUCCCAAUUAAGAACUGUUCCCUUAUACAUCCUAACCCUGAACCAUCAUCAACAUUUAAUAAAAGAUUUCUCAAAGUAGUUGGCAAUGCAUGCUCUCUCCAAGACCCCAAUGCAAGGGGGAGAGCCAGGCAGAUGAGAAAAUGCAUUGAAGGCUGACCUAUGCUAUGCCUCAGGUCCAACAGCAUUAGGUUACAAAGUUCCAGUUGAGACAGGUAAAAGUUAUCACACAGCUUCUUAAUGGGAAGGUAGCAAAGGAGGAGAGCAGGACCUCUGUGAUACAGAUGAAAGGAUGUAGGGGCAUGGAUUUUGGUACUUCUGAGACCAUCUGAUCUAAUCCCCUCAUUUUACAGAUGGGGAAACUGAGGCCCAAAGAGGGAAAGGUCACAAAGGGAAUACUAGUCAUAGUACUUGUUACCCGGGUAAUUUGGGGCAAAUCCUUUCCACUCUGGGCCUCAGUUUCCCUAUCUGUAAAGAGGUUAUACUAGAUAAACCUCUAAUGUUCCUUCUAACUCUAGAUCCAUGUUACUGGGUUGCUUUUUUUUUUCUUCUUUUAAGCCCCUGAAAAUGUGUGUGUGAAGUCAUUUCUCAGGAGAGCAAGAGUAGUUGCAUAGCAUUAACGAGGAGUAACAGAUGGGCAGCCUUAGUCCUACAUUGGUGUCCAUGAAAUAUUUAUUAAGACUAGAGGAGGGCCUUCCAGCAUGUUGGUAGAUCUUCUUUGGAGGCC